AUCACGUGUAGUUUAAGCGCCCAUCCUUAAUCGGUGUUACACGUUCGGCGAUAACCUCAGUGCAGAGAGCACCGACGACACCCACUCUAGCGCUUACGUGCCUCCUUCCCUCUUCCCACCUUCCCACCUUCCAACCUGUCGUCGUCGUCGUCGCCGCCGCCGUCGCACUACAUCCCCGCCGCUGUCGCUGACAGCGUACAGAAUAGAAUGUCCAAAGUCUAGCUCUACGUGUACCACCUCUCGUCCGGGAUGGAACGGUCCCUAUCCCUGCAGCUCACAGGGUGGCAGAUCGACGGAAUCUGGUGCGUUCCUCCCCCGCAGCUCCUCCCUCUGCUGACAGUGUCGUGUUGCGUCGUGUCGUGUCGUGCUUCAUUCACCGUGCGCAUUCUGAAGGCACACGAGCGUGGUCGUUUUUGGAAAAGAAGUGUUCUAUGGCCAGGGGAUAAGUGUCGUCUCUCCCGGCACGUCACACGUGUGCUCUUCCUCCUCUCCCCAUGCCAUCUUUCUCAGUGAGCUUGCCCCCAUUAUGUCUCCUGAUAUGCUCGGCUAUUGUCCCCUCUCCUUUCUCUGUCCUCUCGCCUUUCUCCUCUCGCAGAGACACUGACUUGUCCCUAGCCGAAUCUCUCGCCAAGUCCUCCACCAAUUUACUCAACGUUCGGUCAAUCUUCCAAAGAGCUUUAUUCCUUUUCAUCGGUAACAUCAUUACCACUGGAAGCACCUGGUGCAAGCAGUGCACCAGAACGGAGAGGGGAUCGUCGUGCGCCGCUGCCAGCGCGUUCGCCGUGCCCCACGCAUCGAAGGCCGCCGCUAUGUGGAGAUUUUGGCCGGAGAGGGAGUGAAGUGGAAGGGAGAGCACGGUUUGUGCUAUUCCAUCGAGGGGAAAAGCGUUGGUCGUCUUAGUAAUGUUCAGCCUUAUUUGUGCUUCCUCCCCAUCCAGCUCUGUCUCCCAAAUCCUAGCAACCUCAUCAGCCAGCUUCAAGAAGCACUCGGCAUGCCCAUCCAGCAGUCGAGGAGAGAAUACCCGAAGAAGUAUUUGUCGAUCUCGCUUAUGUGCGCUACCUGCAUACAAUGUGCUCAGGUCAGGGUGCAAAUGCUAACGAGGAAAGGAAAAGAACGGGGACGAGAACGACGCAUGCCGUCGUGCGCCAGAACGCCUCCCCCAACCGUAGCAUGAAUGAGUGCACGGUCCCCCUUACUCCGCAAGAAAACGUUUGAUUUGCUGAAGAUGUACGCGACCGCCGUCGGGUCCAUCACAAUGAGGGAUGUCGUCUGUCAUAUCAGUCUACCAGUGAUGAACCAAAAUAAGAAUGUAGCAUCCUCGGGUCUCCCCUGUCCGGCCAGCGGCGGCACAACAUCUCUCCCCCCCCGAGGAUGGCCCAUUCCUGAAGCUGGUGCUAAUGCUCACCCCCAGCGGCCCGGGCAUUCGAAACAUGCUCCCCCACUUCAGUUCCAACUCAUGAUAGCUGGUGCCCUUUCUCAGCCCAAAGAUGUGUGCCGUAUAACCCAGAAGCCAAGAUUUUCUGGCGGGGCCCGGGAGCGACUGAUAUGAGCAAGACUCAAUAACAGACGAGUUGGUGGAGCACGAGUUGAGCGAGGAGGAAUGGGAGGAGAAGAGGGGGCAGCGGAACUGUUGACGCAGG